AUGGUUGUAAUGAACGGCUUCAACACCUGCAAGUACUAUUUCUCGUCCUCGGAUGGUGCCAAUUGCCUGCGUGGAGAGCAAUGCCACUUUUGGCAUGGACAGCCUGCGGAUUUUAAACAAAAUCGACGCCGCUGGAUGGCGAAGCGGCUCGAACAGCGUGCAAAAGCUGCACAACUGGCAGGUGAUAGUAGCGAUCCUCACUCCAAAAUCGACAAGGCGCAACGUAGUCGCAUCUUCUGCGAUUGGCUUGUGGACAUUUUAGGAGAUGAACAUCUUGCCUCAGGAACGGGUGUUGUUGAUGUAGCUGGUGGUAAAGGUGAUAUCCCGAUACAACUCUGGAUUCAACGAGGUAUUCCGACAACGCUAAUUGACCCGAGACCCAAGAAACUUGACAAAUACAACCGAAAACUUGUUGCUAAGGCGCAAGCUGCUGACGGUCGCAAGAUGAGCCCUCAAUUGCUCCGCUGCCUCGAUGACGAAACAUUGAAGUUGCAAAAGGAGCUGUUCACACACUGCUCUAUUCUCGUUGGCAUGCACCCAGACGAGGCCACUGAAGCUAUUGUUGACGCUGCUAUGACGCUAAGAAAGCCAUUUGCCGUUGUGCCUUGUUGCGUGAUGAGCCGGGCAUUUCCAAAUCGCCAAUGCCGUGAUGGCACACUUGUCGACACGUACGAGACAUUCGUAAGAUAUCUACUAAAGCAUCCAUCAGUUCAAAGCGCAUUCCUGCCGUUUGCUGGCCGCAAUCAGGUGCUGUACCUUUUCGACUACGACGAGGGACAAAGAGCGAGCGCUAAAAUCGUUGACACAACCAGCACAUAA